CUCUGGGAAAUAUAGGCAGCAUCCCUGCGGUCCCAGCCUUCACUCUCUCUCUCUCUCUGCGCUGCCUGUCUGAAUACAGUCUACAGCAGAGUGCAACGAGUUACCACAGACAGACAGAGAGCAGACUGGCUGGUUGGAACGGCGCGUUUCCGAUACAACACUGCAUCGUUGUUUCAGAGCGGAGAGAAGGCAGACUAUAACACAGGUACCUACGGGUCUUCGCAGAUAGAGAGGCAGAAAUGUUGGUCAAAUUUGCAAUAGCGCUGCUGGUUUUGUCAGUUUUGGAGCAAGUAGUGGGAUUGGAUAAUAUCAAUGUUCAUGACAACCCGUCAGAAAAACCGGCGAACCAGAAAGGACGUAUGUCUCUGCAGAACACAGCUGAGAUCCAGCACUGUCUGGUGAGUGCCGGAGACGUGGGCUGUGGUGUGUUUGAGUGUUUUGAGAACAACUCCUGUGAGAUCAGAGGCCUGCAGGAGAUCUGUCUAACCUUCCUACACAACGCCGGAAAGUUUGAUUCCCAGGGUAAAUCGUUCAUCAAGGAUGCUCUGAGGUGCAUGGCCCACGGCCUGAGACACAAGUUCAGCUGCAUCAGCAGGAAGUGCUUGGCCAUUAAAGAGAUGGUGUUCCAGCUGCAGAGAGAGUGCUACCUCGGACACAACCUGUGUUCUGCAGCCAAGGAGAACGUUGCUGUCAUGGUGGAGAUGAUCCACUUCCAGGACCUCUUCCCUAAAGGGCCGUAUGUGGAGCUGGUCAACAUCCUACUGAGCUGUGGGGAGGAGGUGAAGGAGGCCUUAACCAGGAGCGUCCGGCUGCAGUGUGAGCAGAACUGGGGGGCUCUAUGUGACAGCCUGAGUGUCUGCUCUUCCCUCACCCCCCCUCCCGGCCAGGCCCCCUCCUCCCCCGACCACCGCCGCCACGGGUCUCCCCACUCUGAACCAGACCAACCACGACCCCCCCGACAGGGGGACAAGGACAAGUCCAGUAAAGGAGGCUUCAAUGUCCACCCCCGCAGCCGCAGCCAGGGUCCCCGCCGACAGAGCCCCGAGGCUGGGGUGGUGGCGGAGCAGGAAGACCCUGAGGCCACAGACAUCCGGAGGUGAAAGAGACAUUGGACCCUAACUAUCCUGAUUCUCCCCCCGACCGUGUCACCAUCGCAGCCCCCCCCACAUACACACGUACUAAGACACACAGACAGAUACUGUACAUGCAAAAACACACAUACACGCACAUCUACACACAGACUCUCUCUCCAGUCAUUCCAGCAGUCCCAAAUGGUAAAUCUGCAGGUAACAUGGUGUAGCUCGUUCAGUUACUCCAGAUUGUAGUCCACCGACGUUGUUUCUGUUUAUUAUUGAAAUAUAAUAAGUAUUAUUAUCCUGAUUUAGGACAUUUUUGGCCUCUAAUAUAGCGUUUCUCAAAUCGUACUCACUGUAACAUUUCAUUAUAUUUGUAUUAUUUAUUUUAUUCUUUAUGCAAUGUUUAAAUAUCCAAAUGUACAUAGAAAUAUACUUAUCUAUAUUUAUACAGUACGAACAUGUAUAAAUAUAGUCACCAUAUGCAGUACUGAUGUACUAUACGAUUAUAGUACAUGGUGUGUUCUGUCAUAUACCUCACGAUCCAUCACCACCCAUAACCACCCAUAGAUAUGUGACAUUCAGCUUUGUUGUUUCAAAGUGGGAAUGUGUUGUUAGUAUUAUAAUUCUAGAUACUUGAUUAAACACAAACUUUACUGG